UAAAGUCAUUGUUGUUGAGUGAUGCGUAAAUUAAUUUUUGGUGCUUAAAAAAAGUGUUGCUGAUCGAAACUACUUUGAUGUUUUCAUUUUGCGUUCCUUAUGUAAAAAAAAACCGUUGAUUUCUUCUUGUGUGAAUCGGUUGUGUUGUAAAGGCGUUGAUUUUUCAAAAAAUAGAAGAAAAAAAAACUUCAUUUUAUAGAACAAAAAGUCAGAAAAUUAAUUUGAAAGUGAAAUUUACUAUUUUAUAUGUGGUUAAGGUUUUAUAAAGCUUUGAACAGUAUGUUUCAUUAGAAAACUUGAUUUCCCUGUUGCAAAAACUGCUAUAAAUCUGUCCAACUGAGUGUGACCCCUGAUGGAUUAAUUUCGGAUUCUUUUGAGCAUUCUUAUAACUGAUUUAUCAAAGGUCUUGAUAGCUUUUAAAAUUUGAUGACCUAGUCUUCAGCAGAAUUCUUAUUCAAGAAAAGCUUGGCACAUUACUGAAGUAAAAUAUUUCCAUUACUCUGCGGGUUUUCAGCUAUUUCUAAAACUAGAAAUAAGGCAUUCAUUAAUAUAGUAGGGACUGAUUGUGAUCAUAGUGUCCUGUAACCUUUAAAAUUUUGUUGCUAAACCUGUGAAUGGAUAAUAAGAAGAUCUAGUGUUAGAAAUAACAUAGGAUAAGUUUUGUAAGUGUCAAAACGAAAAACCCAAGUGUCACUUUAAGUAAACCAAAUUGACGUGAGUUUAUUUUUAAAAAUAUACAGUAAAACCUGUGAAGUUGACCAUUAGGAUGGGCCAAAAAAAGAUAAUUUUUAAUAAGCAACUUCUAAUAGCAAAAAAAAAAAGCUGUGUAUGGCCAUCCUAAACAUGGGAAAAAUAAUAAAAGAAAUUAAUAUUCAUGUCUUCAGAUCAUGCAUUGGCAGCAAAGUUUGAAAAAAAAGAGUAUGAACCCUGUAAAGUGGACGAGCAAAUUACCGUAAUGUGAACGAGCAAACUACCGUAUGCGACGAUAGGCGAUCAAAUGAACAUAGCUAAUUGGUCUUAGUUCCUCUGCAUUAGUCUUUGAUCAUUUUUAUUGACUAUGGCUUCCCAGUUUUUUAAAGUUGGAGAUCUAGUGUGGGCUAAAAUGAAAGGGUUUGCACCUUGGCCAGCCCAGAUAGAGAAACCUCCAAGUGAAAGUAGGUCACCUUCAAAAACUAAACAUCAAGAGUAUGUAUACUUCUUUGGAUCUAAAAAUUAUGCUUGGAUUCCGAAGAAGGAUAUUACUCCCCAUUCUAAGAAGAUGAUCCAGGCUGCUAACUUGAAAAAGAAAACCAAGCAGAUGCAAAGUGCAAUUGAUGAGAUUCUGCUAUUGAGUGAAAAUCAGCCUAAGAAAGCAAGACCUCAAGAUGUGGGAUCAGAUUCUGAAGCAAAUACAUCCAGAAAACUUUCACCAAGUAAAAAACGUCUUGCAGGUGCAAAAGAAGUGCCAUUAUCAAAGAGACAAAGAGAAAUGGAAAAAAGUUCUGAAGAGCAUAUCAAUGAAGUUGAUAGUAACAUGGAGGAGAGUAUUUGUUCUGAAGAACAGGUCGUGGAUUCUGAUUAUGAAAGUGAACAACGAAGUGAAACAAGCUCUGGUACAAGUUCUAGUUCGCGAGCGCAAUCACCUUGUCAUCGGAAGCCAAGUGCUGAAGUAGAGAACAAUGCGGUUCCAGAAAAACCUAUAGUCCUACAUGAUUCUUUUUCAAAUUUUUUGCAAGAAUAUAAAAAAGAGGGUGGUUUUAGCAAUAAAUUGAAAAAUCAUCACAAAAGAAAUCCCCAUCCAGCCAAUCCAAACCCUCCUGUUUAUGUGAAGAUACCAACUCCAGCAUCAUUGGAUAUCCUAACUGUAUGUGAUUAUGUUAGGGAAAAGAAAGUAGUUGCAACAAAAAAGAGGAUUGGAUUUAUAGGUUUAGGAGUUAUUGGACAAGGUAUUGUAAAAUCUCUUCUGAACACUGGUCAUGAUGUCACAGUUUGGGACCAUACUGCUGAAGUAUGCCAACCAUUUCUUGCUGCUGGUGCUCAAUGUGCCGAGACACCUGCUGAUGUUGUUUUGGCAUCAGACAUAAUCUUCUCCUGCUUGGAAGAUCAGGAGGAUGUAAAAAAUUUUGUGUUCUAUAGCAAAGGAGUUAUUAACGGAUUUGACCGCAGCUCAGAACCUGGAAAAAUAUAUGCAGAGAUGACAUUAAUUAAUAAACAGUUAUCUGAAGAUAUACGUAUAUAUAUUGUAAAACGAGAUGGAAAAUAUCUUGAAGCAGGUUUUUAUGGUACAAAGGAAAUGGCUGAAAAUGGAAAGCUAGUAUUAUAUGUUGCAGGCAAUCCAGCUGCAUAUAAAGAUUGUGAAUCAUGCUUUAAAGCUAUGUCUCGAACAAUGAAAUAUACUGGCACGAAUCUUGGAAAUGUGCCUAAUUUUGCCAUCCACAUGCUUGAAGGAAAAAUAUCUGCAGGUGUUGCCGAAGCAUUUCACAUUGCAGAGAAAUGUAACAUUUCUCGGGAGGAUUUUUUCAAACUCCUUAAACUUUCUCCAUAUUACUGUGAGUUGAUGAAAGAUACUGGAGAAGCUAUCCUUUCUAGAGAUUAUUCACCUAAAGUAUCUAUUUCCAGAAUACUGAAUGCAAUGAAAUUAGCGCAUGGAACGAGCUCAGGUGACGAUUAUUCUAGUUAUUUAGGAAAUGCUGUUCAAAGACUCUAUGCUAAAGCACAACAAUUCAAUUAUGGCUCACAUGACAUGAGUGCUGUAUAUUUAUUGUAUGGUUUACCUAGACAGAGUGUAACUUCUGCACAGGAAGUACAGCCAGAAUCAGACAGUGCAGCUAGUGACGGUCAUAAAAAGCAAUGAACUUCAUGGAAUGGAAAAUAAAAAAUUGUAUGUGUGAUGCAAACAUACCUUUUUUUUCAGAUGGCUUAAGUCAAUAAAGCUAAUGAGGCAAAAAAAAAAAUUGCCAACUUUCAAAAUUAAAUAUGUGAUUGCAUUUCUCAGCCUUGCUUUAGUUGCUUUCUGUGGAACUGGUGCUUUUCAAGUUUAGGGCUCACGUUUGUCUUUAUAUUCACCUGUAUUGCUUUGUUUUGAAUUAAAAGCAAAACUAAUCUUUUCUUUCA